ACAUUUUUUUACAUCCCUACCUCACAAUUCUUUCAGCCAACAAUUUAUAAUUCACGAAGAAGUCAAUUACCGAUCCAGUUAAAAUAAAAGCAUCAAACUGGCGGAAAAAAAGGUUCAAAUGGCUUUAUGCCAGACUUCAGUGCUCAAAGUAUAUCAUGCCGUUAUCGAAGAUGUUAUCACAAAUGUACGCGAUGCCUUCCUGGACGAGGGCGUUGACGAGCAGGUACUGCAAGAGAUGAAGCAGAUCUGGCGGAACAAACUGCUGGCCAGUAAGGCCGUGGAGCUCAGCCCAGACGAAGGCUCACAUCCUCCGCCCAUUGUGGCCAAUAAUCCAAAGGCCGCCAACGCUAAGGCCAAGAAGGCCGCUUCCGCAUCGGCGGCCACACCACUCAACAGUAGCACCAGCGCCGGAGCGAUUGCCAUGAAGUCACCCGCCACAAUGGCCACGAGCAGUGGAAUCAAGAAUGGUCUGGGGCCCGUCAAGCAAGAGGUCAACUCACAGAACCCACCGCCACUGCAUCCCACCUCCGGAGCCACACUAAUGCAAAAACAGCAACAGGCGGCCAGUGGGGGUCAGACUCCCAUUCCAAUUGUGGCAUCGCUGGACCCCAACCGGAUCAUGCCCGUUAACAUCACGCUGCCUUCGCCAGCCGGCUCGGCAGGUUCAGAAUCUCGAGUGCUCACCAUUCAAGUGCCGGCAUCGGCGUUGCAGGAGAAUCAGCUAACUCAGAUACUGACGGCCCACCUAAUUUCGUCCAUAAUGUCCUUGCCCACAACCUUGGCCUCCUCAGUGCUGCAGCAGCAUGUUAAUGCAGCCCUGAGCAGCGCCAACCACCAGAAAAAUCUUGCUGCUGCCAAACAUUUGGAUGGAGCACUAGACUCUUCGGACGAAGACGAGAGCGAGGAGAGCGACGACAACAUCGACAACGAUGAUGACGACGAUCUGGACAAGGACGAUGAUGAGGAUGCGGAGCAGGAGGAUGCUGCCGAAGAGGAGCCACUGAACAGCGAAGACGAUGUUACCGACGAAGACUCUGCUGAAAUGUUUGAUACAGAUAAUGUGAUCGUUUGCCAAUACGAUAAGAUUACUCGAUCCCGCAACAAAUGGAAGUUCUAUCUGAAGGAUGGCAUCAUGAAUAUGCGUGGCAAAGACUACGUGUUCCAAAAGUCCAACGGUGAUGCCGAGUGGUAAUUUCAGGAAAGGGUAUAACAAAAUUAAAAAAGACAUCCAACAAAGAGCCUCAUCGAAUGCGCCUUUAGCCUUGAACAGUUGCCAACCCAACCGGAAAUCGACCAAGAGGAGGAGAGUACUGGGAGCAAAGCACUCGGGCGGACAAACCAAUACCUUAUUUUAGUUUCAUCUUUUAUUCUACGCUAAUUAAAAAGCGAGUUGUGUUGCACUUAACCAUCUCAAUUAUAGAUAUGUAUUACACCAAAAGUCGCAUACCUUUUGUGUCAAUAAACUGAAACACUUGUGAAAGUCA